UGUUUAUUGUGAACGUGUGAAUUGAUGGUGGUGAAAGUUGGGUAGCGUAUACAGAGAUUUUGAAAAGAAAAUUCCCAUUACAUAAUUACGGGCAUUUGUAUUAUCUGAUUUGUAAGAUAUAUACUAUAUGAGGAAGUCAGAAAAGAGUUCCUCCUGUGUCGGGCUAUGUGACUGCGGUACGCUUAUUAAUUUGGACGACUUCGAGGCUUCGGAUUGGAAAUCGCAUCACUGGCUUCGGAUCAAGUCAAGUCCCGGCACCGGUGGAUCGCCUGACAUUUUUUUCACGGUCUAGCUCUGAAUAUACCAAAUAAAGUGUUUCAGACAUCAUGCCGACUUGCUGCGUUAAAAAUUGCAAAAAUCGUACUUCUAGUGCCUUUUAUAACAAUGUGGUAUUUUAUUCAUUUCCUCAAGAUGCUGACCUACGUCGAAAAUGGCUUGAAGCUUGUGGCAAAGACCUCAAUCAUCAGAUCAAACAUGAAAGAGUAUGUGGGGUACAUUUUAAGCCAGAAUGCGUGCUAAAGUCACAAUCGACACUCGUGAAACCUCGUAUAAGAUAUCUAUUGAAGAGAGGAUCUGUGCCAACAGAAUUAUUGGAAUUACCAAAUAUACGACAAAAGCGAUAUUGGUCUCACCAAUCCUGUACCGCUGAUGAAUCUACAAAGAAAUCAUUUUGUUCCGGCAUACCGUCGUAUACUGAACUUGUUGCCUAUGCGAAGACUGUUGAUGAAAAAGAUACUGUAUCUGUAUUGAACAAUGAUACUGAAAAUGUACAAGUUUCGGAUACAGAUGAAAAAGAUAUUGUAUCUAUAUUGAAUGAUGAUAUUAAAGAUGUAAAAGUUUUUGAUACAGAUGCACAAGAGAAACGCAUCGAUUUAAGUAAAGACAUUUACAGUUUCAACAUGCCGACUGCCGCAAAACUUGACAAAUUUACGAAUAAUACUACUGAGAAUAAUAUCCUGAAAUCUGCCAAGGAAACAACCAUCAAAUGUGUAGAAGGGUAUAAUACUUUUUAUGUAAAAGUAUCAUACCCUUAA